GAAUUUUUUCGUAGUGACGUAGUCGAUAAAAUUAUUCCAAACGUAAAGUCUACUGUCCUAACUUGUCAUGAGAAAGAAAUUCUAGUUUUAUGGACACAGUAUGGUCGCAUGAAUGUUGAACUCGAUGGAGGUGCCUUGGCACGAUGGGUAUUUAAUUAA